ACCGGGCUUUCUAAAGAUAUCGACCUCCCAAAGAAGUCCUCGGAGAUUGGCAUCAUACGUCGGAUGUUCCUCGACCCUUCCGCCUCCCACCUGAUCAUCACCACCACCCUGGGCGAGAACUACUACCUCCAUACCCAGUCCAGGCAGCCUAAGCCACUGUCGCGGUUAAAGGGCGUUUCGAUAGAGAGUGUCGCGUGGAACCCCUCGCUCCCGACCGCUUCGACCAGAGAGAUCCUUUUGGGCACCACGGACGGUCAUAUCUGGGAGGCCUACAUUGAACCGUCGGCCGAAUUCUAUCGGCGCGAAGAGAGAUACGCACACACUAUCUACAAAGCGCCAGAGGCUUCUCCGGUGACGGGUCUGUGGACGGAGGCGAUCCCCACCAGGCCCGAGCUAAGGCGGGUGCUGAUAACGACCCAUGGCCGAGUGCUAUGUUUCUUAGGUCGCACGGGGAGGUACGGGAGAGAGGGAGGAGGUCCCAUAUAUGCCGAUUUAUUCCAACGGGAAGCGCCCGUGGUCUAUGAAAUCCAGAACCCCUCGAACUCCGCACCGUCAUCUCUGGCUAUCUCCCCCAUUAUCCCGGAGGGCCAAAAUGCGAGCGGUCACCCGGAGAAUGAAUUCGCUUGGCUUAGCUCACAGGGUGUCUACCACGGCCAACUUCCAUAUUCGUCGGAGAAGCUUAGCCAGCCAUUCGAAAGCUCGACCAUUCUUCAGCGGUCAAUAUUCCCGGCCAGUGAAUCCGCGCGAGGAGGUAAGAAGCUCAUACAGGACCCCAUAGCCGCCAUGACGUUGUCCCAGUGGCACGUCUUAGCCCUCGUUGAAGGAAGGGUGAUUGCUGUCAAUCGCAUGAACGACGAGAUUGUUUAUGAUGAAGCGGUCCUCGAACCGGGACAAAGCGCCUUGGGCCUCUUGACGGACGCCAUGCAACACACUUACUGGCUGUUUACCAGCCAGGAGAUCUUCGAGAUAGCGGUUGAGGAGGAGGACCGAGAUGUUUGGAAGGUUUUCCUUCAGAAGCAGAUGUUCGACGAGGCCCUACAGUAUGCCCGUACCAGUGCCCAAAAGGACGCCGUUUCCACCGCUUCGGGGGACUUCCUCGCCAGCAGGGGCCGCUACCAGGAAGCGGCCAAAGUCUGGGGCAAGAGCAGCAAGGGCUUUGAAGAGGUCUGCCUGACUUUGAUCAAUCGUGGCGAGUACGAUGCCCUGCGAAAGUAUCUCCUGGGUCAGCUGUCCACCUACAAGAAGUCCUCUUCAAUGCAGAGGAUCAUGGUUGCAAGCUGGCUGGUCGAGGUAUUCAUGACCAAGUUGAACUCGCUAGACGACAACAUCGCCACGCGGGCCGAGCUGGCGGAGGGGACAAGUACCGAGGAGGUCAAGGAUGAGCUGGGCAGUGUCCGGGCCGAAUUCCAGGAGUUUGUCACCAAAUAUCGGUCGGACUUGGAUAAGAAGACCGCGUACGACAUCAUCAGUAGCCAUGGCCGCGAAAAGGAGCUUCUUUUCUUUGCAACGGCUGUCAACGACUACAGCUACGUAUUGUCUUACUGGAUCCAGCGAGAGAAAUGGACCGAGGCGCUCAAUGUUCUCCAGAGGCAGAGCGACCCUGACGUGUUCUACAAAUAUAGCAGCGUCCUCAUGACCCAUGCUGCAGCGGGAUUAGUCGAUAUUCUGAUGCGGCAGACCAACCUGGGGCCCGAGAAGCUGAUACCCGGGUUGUUGAACUACAACAAGACGGUGAAUGUUCCGCUGGGACAGAACCAGGCCGUGCGAUAUCUCAACUUCAUCAUCGUCAACCAUCCGAACCCGUCUGCGGCGGUGCAUAAUACCCUGAUCUCCAUCCACGCUUCCAGUCCCUCGACGUCGGAGGCGGGGCUUCUUACCUACCUGCAGUCCCAGACGUCGUCGCCACCGCCAUACGAUGCCGACUUCGCGCUUCGUCUCUGUAUUCAACACCAGCGCGUUCAGUCGUGCGUCCACAUCUACAGUGCCAUGGGACAAUAUCUCCAGGCGGUGGAGCUGGCUCUGCAGCAUGAAGAUAUCGAACUCGCGGCCAUUGUGGCGGACCGGCCGGAGGGCAACGACAAGCUCCGCAAGAAACUCUGGCUCCUGGUGGCGGAGAAGAAGAUCCGACAGCCUGGGACGGGCAUCAAAGAUGCGAUCGAAUUCCUCCGGCGGUGCGAACUGCUCAGGAUCGAAGAUCUGAUCCCCUUCUUCCCGGACUUUGUCGUCAUCGACGACUUCAAAGACGAGAUCUGUAGUGCGCUGGAGGACUACUCUCGGCACAUCGAUGCGUUGCGGCAGGAGAUGGAUAACUCGGCCCACACGGCGCGUCAAAUCCGGACGGAAAUCGCCGCCCUGGACACGCGGUACGCGAUUGUCGAGCCCGGGGAGAAGUGUUGGCUCUGCUCGCUGCCGGUGCUCAGCCGGCAGUUCUUCGUGUUCCCCUGCCAGCAUGCCUUCCACAGCGACUGUCUGGGCAAGGAAGUGCUGGAUGGCGCUGGUGGCAAGAAGAAGUACAUCCGCGAUCUGCAAGCGCAGUUGAACAAGGGGACGGUGAGUGCGUCACGACGAGAGGAGAUUGUGAGGGAACUGGACGGGCUAAUAGCGGAGGCCUGCGUCCUCUGCGGGGACCAUGCCAUCAAGCAAAUCGACAAGCCAUUUGUCGCCGAGUUGGACGGGGCGGAUGAAUGGGCGUUGUGAGCGAUACGCACGUGCAUCCAGCAUGCAUGCGAGGUCGUUUGUGUUUCUUCUUCU